UCGCGGGAAUAGCCCACCAGCGGAGCGGUACUCGCUCUGCCCGUUCUGUGCGUCAACGAAAUAUCUUCGUCUAGACUGAAAUAUUCUUCGGGCACCGAACCUAAAAAAUCUCCACUGGCAUGGAGCUAGGAGCACGUUGAUAGUGAUAGUGUACAAGAUCUUGGUUUCUAUGCAUUGCCUGCCAAAGAAGAACUGAGCCCAAUGUUUCCACACAAUUCUAGUUCACAUGAGAUUUCUACAGAAACAAAUGCCUUCGUACAAAAUUCCAUGGGGGAUGUAGUAGUAUUAGGGAAAAACAGUCCGAUAGGGGUGGGGAAGGGAAGAGAAUCAGAGAAUGCUAGGUACUGUGAUAUCGAAUUCAUAAACAACAACACGAUGGUAAAACCUAUAAACCAUCUUGAAAAUAUCGCCGCCAAUGACUUUUUAACCGUCCUGUCGAGUCAAACUGGCAAGUCCACCUUGACCAGUCGAAGCCCGACGUGCCAGUCAGUGGCGUCGUUAACCACAAAACACCCAACAAGAAAUCACCUUAUUAAUAAUAAUAAUAAUAUUAUUAUUAAUAAUAAUAAUAAUAAUAAUAAUAAUAAUAACAGUAAUAAUAAUAAUAAUAAUAAUAAUCCUACACUAAAUAAUCGCUCAAGUCGAGCCGAACAUAAUUAUCAAGAUGAUCGAGAAACAACAGUUAAUGCAACAAGAAAAAGAAAAGCACCGGGCUCGCCUGGCGAACAGAAACCGGGCAGCUCCGCCAAUAACUCUAAGUCUAUAUCUAAGACACUAAGUGAUAAUAAGACUAGCUUUAGCGUACUAAACAUUAGGGUACUAAAUUUAAGCAUAAAUUUACGAUUAACAGGGGACAAGUGCGCAAUCGGUGAAGGGGUACCUAGCCUAGUUAGGAUACCCAAGUCUGAUCGCCCCUCAUCAGGCCACUUCUCUCUCGACUCUCUUGACAAUUACUCUUUACUAGGGUCCUGCCUUAAUCCGGGCAAAUACAAUAACGUUAAGUCUAAUUCUAGCCUCCUAAGUAAUAAUAACGAUAACUACAAGUCUGUGAUAUUGCUCAGCUCAACCAAUAACCAUUAUUUCCUCCGCGUCGAAAUGGACGGUGGUGCGAUCGCAAUGAGACUAAGAGCCCGUUGGAAUUCAUUCGGAUCCUCGAUCAACUCUUCUUUCGACGGUGUAUUCUUACAAACACGAUCGCUUUCCGCAUCCCAGAUUGAACACCCUAGAAUUAUCGAUGUAUUCUUGACGAAUAAUCAAAUUAUUCGAAGCGAGCAUUCUUCGAUGGAGUUCAUCUUCGAAACGAUCAAGAUCCUACAGAAGAAUUUUGUGUCAAACUAUUUUAAAAAAGCAUCCAGAGAUUUAUCAUUGAUCGCUGUUGUUCCGGAGAAUAGAAAUUUCUCGAGAUGCGAAUCGCUAUACGAGAAUCAAGUCACGAAAGAAUUUGUAUCUACCGCAAUCAAGUCAAAAAAUCGUGAAAACCCUACAGACCACGCCUCUUUCGCUGAAAUUGAACCGGAAAUAUUGAAACUUCUAUCCACAUAUCUAUUUUUGAAAAACGAAUCUCGCCUUCUGUUUUAUGUAGAAACGACGAAAAAGUUGCUAUUGCUUAUCAAAACGGGCAUGGAGACACUCGACGAAUACGUCGACAUAAAUCUCGAUUCGUUCGAAGUAUUCAGAAUGUCUUCGUACAUCCUUAGAAAGAUUGUACUGAGAAGUACUGUUCCAAAGCUGAACAGUUCAUCCAUUAUAAUCGAAUGUUUUCUCAUGGAAAUUAACGAUAAGAAGAAAGGAAGGUUGGAAAAUAUUACGACGGAUGAUAUAUCGUUCAUAAACAAUAAUAUCGCGUUAGCGAUCCUCGAAGGGAGCUGUAGAGGGAUAUCAAAGUCGCCUUUAAAUUUCGUAAUACUAAAGAAAGUUCAAACAAGUGAUAGAUCGUCGAACGAAGAAUCAUCAGAUUUGACUAAGGAAGGGGACAACGUGGCCACCAGUUCUUCCAUUACGCUUAUCGUUCCCGGAAACGAGCUAACUGACCAGCCUCCGCGACCUCUCCCGUUGAGAAACGCGCCGAAACGCGCACAAUCCUCUCCUCCAUGGCUCGACAUGGUCGCAAGCGAGCUGACGCAACGUGCAUGUGUUCCACUCUCGUUAGAUCGUAAGCUUUAUGUGGUUAAACUUAGCUAUAAGGUGAUUUGCGAUUUUAGUAUUACGUGGAAGGGGAUACCGAGCCACGAGACUAGCUGCAAAAGGACGCAUCUUACUGUUCAACUCUCAAAUAUUUCUUCGAACCUGAACCGGAACGAAUUACUACAAGAUUAUCUGAUCUUGAACGAAGAAGACCUGAUCAUUGGAACGCUUUUGAAUUACUUUGAAAGAACAGCCCAAUUAAUUUCGAUCAACUAUAAAACAAUGCCAAUUUGGAAUCAAACGGAUGAAAGUUGCCUUGGAGGUACAACUUCGAAGGAACAGAAUUCGAAACAGCAUAGAAAAAAUCUAAACCCUGUGUUUUUGUUGAAACGGUUCAAGUCGCAUCAACAGAUACUCGCGACCUCGAAGAAAGAAUACCCAAACGCUUGGUUUGUGAUAGGAACCGUAGGAACAAUAACUUUGAAGCUGACGGGACAAAUGGCAGAGAUGUCGUCCUGGGGAAUAAAUGGUAUUAGUGACGUGGCAACAAUUACUGUUGGUGCUCUUUCAUUUCAGGAUAAUGUUAAGUCUAACGAGCCUAUGGGCGUUUAUUUCGUGAACUAUAGGUACUCGGGGCCAUAUGUGCGCGUUGGCCUUGGGUUUGUUAAGUCUCUUUCUAAGUCUACUAUAGGGGAUAGAUAUAGGGUCAAGAGGGAGAACCAAGCCGAGUUCGCUCUCUACAUUCCUACUACGACUACCUGCAAGCCUACGAUGACGCUUAAACGCCAAUCUGCAUCCCGAUUAAUCGGUGUACCUGGAUCUCGGCCGAACUACUUCGAGACAUUAUGGCCCGACCAAAUGCACACUCCUCACGGUUUUUACGAACAAAUUGAGCGCCGAGACGCCGACAAAAACGUUAAUCGUAAUCAACUAGGAACUAUCAACACACAAACUGCUGUCUAUUCGAACGACGAUCAUUGCACCGAAGCGACAACGGUAUUUCCUUAUUCUGGAUAUGAGAAAAAUAACAAUUGCCAAGGCAUGCGAGAGUCAAUAGGGAGGAAUGUCUCUAUCCGUUCAUCGUGCUUUAAUUCCCCGAAACGAACCAAACAAAGAUAUCAAGCUUCGAACGCCGCGAUGAGCGGGAACAUUUCUCUAGGCAAUCUCUGUGAUUUGUAUACAUUUGAGGAGACGUACAAAAUACACGGAACUGUCGGAUUCAACGUCGACGAGAAGAUUCUGAUCGAUUCGACGUUCCAGACUGCCCAGUUCCUUGACAGUGAUGAACUUUCGACGAAGGUAGACGCCAUUACCGAGAACCCUGACAAUUCUAAUCAAUCUCAAAGAUGUCAGGACUAUUCGGAGGACAGCCAAGACUCUUAUGAUAGUCUGAUUGCUUCGACUGGACCAAGAAAAAUCGUCGGCACCAAGAAUGUGGGCGUUAAUGAUUCGGACAACGAGGAAACAGAAACUCUUAUGAACAGCUCGACGCGAGGUCAUCUGAUUGAUCGCGCGAGGAAUCUCAUAGCAGCGUUCGCUGAAGUUUCCAACGGUACUCUGCAGGCUCAUAAAAAUGAUCUUAAACGUGUACUGAGUCUCCUGUUUGGACCAGUUCGUGACAUAAGCGAUCCCAAUUUAGCGUACAAAAAACGAUGGGGCAUUUCCGUAAUACUUGGAUUAGCCGGUGGGGGUGAGAGUUCAUUGAACAACGGUGGAUCUACGAAUUGGGGAUCCACGCAGGCCAGCACUGCGAAUAAUAAUAAUAGCAAUCAGUCUGCUUGGGGCGGGGCCUCGGGAAAUCCUUCCGGAAACAGUGGGAAUUCAGGCAAUUGGUCUGGGAGCAACGUGAACAGAUCUGUUAGUGGGAAUCCCAAUUCGAGUCAGAAUCAAGGACCUCUCGGUGGACAAAAUAUUCCGGGUAAUGUAAAUAAGAUGAAUAAUCCGAACCAGCAAUCAAAUCAACAAUCUGGCCCACCAACUUCUCAAUCAAGUGGCACAAGUCAGGGUGGUCAGAAUAAUAAUCAGUGGCCGCAAGGGAUGUCUAACAAUCCUGGAGGGCCUGGCCAAAAUCCUUCUGUUCCAAAUAAUAACAAUACAGUGCAGCAGCAACAGCAGCAACAACAGUCAAACACCAGUAGCAAUAAUAAUCAACCUAAUAAUCAGGGUCAGGGAUCCGUUAACAGUAGUAAUACAUCUACUAGCAAUAAUCCGUCGACAAAACAACAAUUGGAGCAAUUGAACACAAUGAGAGAAGCACUAUUUAGCCAAGAUGGUUGGGGCCGUCAACACGUUAAUCAAGACACAAACUGGGAUGUUCCAACGACUCCAGAGCCUAAUUCAUCUAAGGAUGCAGUUCCAGUGUGGAAACCACCAGUAAACACUGGUACAGACCUCUGGGAGGCGAACAUCAGAAAUGGCGGACAACCACCACCCCAGCAGCAACCAAAAACUCCUUGGGGUCAUACACCAGCAACAAAUAUUGGUGGAACCUGGGGUGAAGAUGAUGAAGCUGCUGAUUCAUCAAAUAUGUGGACUGGGGCUCCUACAUCUUCUCAACCAAACACUGCUGGUGGGCAGUGGACAACAGGUGGUACCGGUAAUCAAGCCGGUAUGUGGGGAGGAUCUAACUGGGGUGAUCCAAGAAUAGAUCAUCGAGAUCCCCGAGAUCUUCGGUCCGUUGAUCCCAGAGAUGUACGGGAUCACCGUGAUCAUAGAAUGUCCUUGGAUCCUCGAGAACACAUACGCGUAAUGGAUCCAAUGGCCCGAGAUCCCAGAAUGACCGACAUACGCGGAGAUCCGCGUGGAAUUUCCGGCCGAUUGAACGGCGCUAAUGCGGAUACCAUGUGGGGUCAACCACCGGGCCCACCGCAUCAUCAAAUGGGUCACCAGCACCCUUCAGGCCCGCCGACGAAGAUGUUGAAUCCCUCUAGUAUAAAUCAGUGGGCUGCACCACCACCAAAAGAUAUUAUGUCUGGAAAGCCAUCGGGGUGGGAAGAACCAUCUCCGCCAACACAAAGAAGGAAUGUACCGAAUUAUGACGACGGCACGAGUUUAUGGGGUAAUGCUGCAGCUAAUCACAGGACCAUACCACCUGGAAGCAAGGUUACUCAAUGGAAGGAUCUUCCAACACCAAAUGUUGCCAGAGGAGGUAUACAGUGCCCUCCAGGCAUGCCACAGAACAGAAUGUCAGGUCAACCAGGAAUGAAACCAGAUGUGAGUGGACCUAUGUGGGGUCAUCCUGGUGCUCCUGGCGGACGAAAUGGUAGCUGGACAGAAGGACCACACGACACAAGUUCAUGGGAUGAUCCGAAAACACCAAGUACCUGGAACGAAGCUCAAUUGAAUCCUGGUACUUGGGGUGGACCUAGUGCGCACAAACCUAAACCAAUGGGACCUGCCGGAAGCUGGGCUGAUGCUGAUAUGGAUCAUUCCCCUAGUUGGGCUCAUCCUACAAAACCCACUCUUACGAAAGAAGUUAUAUGGAACAGUAGAGAAUUCCGGUAUCUCUGCGACUUAGGAUUUAAAAAAGACGAUGUUGAAGUGGCAUUGAGGAAUCGUGAAAUGAACAGAGAGGAAGCUUUGGAACUUUUAAGUCAGUUACGACCCUUAGAUCAAUGGAGAAGACAUGACAGUCACUCCACUUAUGAUCCGACUAAUCAAGCUACAACUGCACCAGCAUAUCCUAGAUUUAAUCAUGUCGCACAACAGAUGUCUUUCCCGCCGGGUGCUGGAGUUGGAAGUGGAAAUGCAGCUGGUAGUGUAGGAGGAUCAGUUGCUAGUGCAAGCUUGCUAAAGCUACAACAGCAGCAGCAGCAGCAGCAGCAACAGGCUACUGUUCCAUUACAACAACAACAACCUAGUGGUAAUGCACCUCAACCACCAUUCAAUCAGGCUUCUAGAACUCCGCAGAAUCAGCCAAGUACUCAACAGCUACGUAUGUUAGUGCAACAAAUUCAGUUAGCCGUCCAGGAAGGUUAUUUAAACCAUCAGAUUCUAAAUCAACCUCUUGCACCUCAAACUUUAAUACUCUUGAACCAAUUAUUGCAACAAAUAAAAGUUCUGCAGCAACUUCAUCAGCAGCAUUCGGUACAAAGUACUGUGAAGGGUAAUGGCCAAUCGGUCCUCCAAAUCAGUGUACAAAUUACAAAAACCAAGCAGCAAAUAGCAAAUCUACAAAAUCAAAUUGCUGUGCAACAAGCGACUUACAUGAAACAGCAACAGCAGCAACAACAGCAACAACAACAUCCUGCUCCACAGUCUCAGAGUUCGGAGUAUUAUAAGAGUACUGUACAUGAUCCCAUGUCAGCCUUGCAGAACAGUUUCACGGAAUUGACAAUGAACAAGGAGCCUCCAAUCAAUCAGCAACAAUCAAGACUGAACCAGUGGAAGUUGCCUUCGUUGGACAAGGACGGAGAGUUAGUUUCGAACGAAUUCUCAAGAGCACCCGGAACAACCAGUAAGCCAGCAGCUACAUCGGCUGGUUUGACACAAUCACACAGUAGUCCUAACAUGAAUCCUUUGUUGGGUCAAGGGGAUGGUACAUGGUCCACCAGGCUCGGGGAGAGUGGAUGGCCUGAUCCAGGUAACACGGACUCUACUGAUGGAAAGGAGUGGCAACCAACUGGUGCAGCUGCUUUCACUGACCUGGUACCUGAAUUUGAACCUGGCAAGCCAUGGAAGGGUACCCAGAUGAAAAGCAUUGAGGAUGAUCCAAGCAUUACUCCCGGUUCUGUGGUCCGUUCACCACUGUCACUAGCUACAAUCAAAGAUCCAGAUGCUAUUUUCUCGUUAAGUAGCAAAACUUCGCCGCCGCCGCCACAACAACCUACCAAUCUCGAUACUUCUAUACCAAGUUUGAGUAAUUCUACAUGGACAUUUAAUCCACCUGCAUCUACCCCCAGUGUGUUCACCAGCUCUAAAAACACUUGGGGCGAGUCUGCACCACCACCAACUGCAGUCACUUCAGAACUGUGGGGAGCACCUAUUAGUAAAGUUCGUGGGCCACCGCCUGGUCUAAGUAGCAAAGCCGCAGGAAAUACAAGUAAUGGCUGGACAGGCCUCGGUACAGUUAGCAGAUCGUCCAGUUCUUGGGCCCUCCAAUCAAGCACAAACACUAGCUGGGUUUCUACUUGGUUAUUACUCAAGAAUCUGACGCCUCAGAUCGAUGGGUCCACGUUGAAAACUCUUUGUAUGCAACACGGUCCUGUUCUGGACUUUCGGUUAUUCCUUAAUCACGGAAUUGCAUUAACCAAGUAUUCUUCAAGAGACGAAGCUGUUAAGGCACAAGGGGCUCUGAACAAUUGCGUCUUGGGCAACACAACAAUCUUCGCAGAAUAUCCCGCCGAUAGCGAGGUACAUGCAUUGCUACAACAGCUGGGUCAUGGUGGUCAGCAGCAGACUGGAGCUACUGCAGGAGCUGGCUGGGGCCUUCGACCAUCGAACAAAACUGGUCCACCACCCGAUACUUGGGGCGGCAGCUCCAGCCAACUGUGGGGCGCCCCACCUAGUAGUAACUCUCUUUGGAGCAACGCCAGCAUCGACAACAACGAUCAACAACGUGCUACGCCCAGUUCUCUGAACUCGUACUUACCCGGAGACCUUCUGGGAGGUGAGUCGAUGUAGAGUGCCGCACGGAAAGGCGAUACCACUCGUUCGACGAUCAAGCCUUCUUCUUCGUGAUACGUCAAUUAUAUUGCGCAUUGUCAGAUGAGUCGGUUCUCUUGAACAAGUUACUUAAAUUAGUGCCGCGCGCUAGCGCGCACCAUGAUAUAUCGCGUGAUUCCGCCAGCAGUAGGAAUCCGAUUUGACAUUUUUUCUCCAAUAGAAUAUUGAAAUCAGGAUUCACG